GAGGAAUUCUUCGUUGCCAUGCGUACAAAGAACCCUUAAACCCUAAUCCUCCCCCGCUACACGUUCGCUUGAUCUUUACGGCCGCCGCUACUCGUUCGCCAUGGCUGCCUGCUCCUCCAGGCUCCUAUACCUCACUCUGAGCUCCUCUUUCCUCCGCUCCUGCCGCCUCGCGUCCAGCUCCCUACUUCCCACCGCCUCCCGCUGCCACCCGGGGUCGCUCCACUCCCUCCGCUUCUGCUCUGCUGUCCCCGAGUUUGUCGAUGUCGCCGCCGACCCUGCCGAGGCGGCUGUAUCCUCCGGACACCCGUGGCCGGAGUGGGGCAACUUCCUUGAUAAGCUGCGGGCCAAGGGGUACUUCGAGCAAGGUUUGCCCUCCAGCGUGAGUUCUGGCGAGGGAGCCGCCGGAGAUGGGGAUCCAGCAACUGCAUCUGAGAACGCAGCAACGGCUGCUUCCGGUAAUACGGUGGUGGAUGCGGAGGAUAGCGCGGUGACCUCGGAAGAUAUCUAUCAUUUUCUCAAGGACGAGAACAGGGUGAAGAAUGCGUGCCUCAAAUUUGGGCGAGACCGCUUCGAUCUCCUCAGCUUGCUUCCCAAGCAGGAUAUUCAAGCUAUUGUUAUGUCUGGCUGUCCUAAUAACAAUCGGAAGCCCGUCUAUUCUGCAAAAAGGUUGAGAGAGUACGUGCAGGUCAAAGAAGAAGAUGCAUGCAGCAUUUGCAAAUUUAAGGCAUCUUGUGAUAGAGCUUAUGUCACUCCAAAGGGUGAGGUUGAAGUUAGGACUGUUGAUGUUGUUCGUAUACUGUUAAGUUAUGCAAUGGAUAAAAACCAUUCAGGAGAUAACUCUGUUAUCGAAGAAAGUGUGCAAGAAUCUGCAAAAAAGCUUCUCUCAAAGCUUACUGAAUUUAGUGACACAACAAUCGAUCCAUCUCUUCCGAAACCUGCAUUUCAAGUUGCUAGGAAGGCUCAGGGCUCAGUGGGGAAGGGGAGAGAAACGACUGCAGUUGAAAUGAAGAAGGGUGACUGGUUGUGCACUAACUGUAACUUCUUAAAUUUUGCUCGCAAUCGUCACUGUCUCGAAUGCAAAGCAGAUGGACCAAAGAAGAUAGAAGCGGCCGUGGAUGCAAUGAAAAUGGGCGAUUGGAUCUGCACACAGUGUCAGUUUAUGAACUUCUCUCGCAACAAGAUAUGUUUUAAAUGUGAAGAACCUCACCCGAAGAGGCAACUCAAUCCUGGAGAGUGGGAGUGCCCCUCAUGCGACUUUGUUAACUUCCGACGCAACGCUAUCUGCAAGAAGUGCAAUCAGGACCGCCCCGAGGAUGAUACCCGAGAUAGUCAGCGGGGACUGAGAAAAACCAGAGGGGCUGGCAAGUUUAGAAGAUUCGACUAUAUUGAUCAGAAGAGCGAUGACGAUGAUGACAAUGCCUGGUUCCAGAAGCGUGGGGCAAGCAUGAGGUCGAAACCGGACCAGAGAACCACCACUGCCAAGAGCAGAGGCUCUGACGGUCUGGAUGAUAUUCUUGUUACCACCAAGCGUAGAAGCACCAAGCAAGACGAGGACGACGAGGUCUUGCCGUACGAGGGUGCGCGCAAGCAUGUUGUGAGCAGAAGGGCAACGCCUUCCCAGAGGAGGUUCACGGCUGCCCGUAACCAGUAAUAAUACCCGAGCUUGGAGCUUUGAUGACUCCGUUCUGUGAACAAAUUUCACAGCGUCGCUCGCUCUGCUGCUGUGAUGCAGACGAAUAGAUGAUGGACAUAACACAUAAGCGUGUUCGAUCUGUAGUGUUAUUAUACAAAUUAUUAGGGAACACACAUUGAUAAAGCUGGUCCUUUACGAUGA